AUUGAGUCGACAGCCGUUGGGGCAAGUGGUUGCCCACUGAGUUCUUAAGGGAUUUGUUUUCUUUUUGUUUUUCGUUUUAUUUUUUUUCCCCGUCGUUAGUUAAGUUUUAUGGCGUGCAUUAAGUGGUUAUAAAGCCGAUCUGAUCAUGGAAUUAAAUAAUGUAACCAUUGAGGACUGUGAUGGCUCCCCGAACGUAGCCAAGUUAGGCAUCAGGGAGUCUCCAGUGGGCGAUGUACCCACGAUUAUGUCUCCUCCAUUAAAACCCGAGAAACAGAAGCCGCAAUUGUUGUAUGCCAUCAAUGAUAAUCCGCCUUGGUAUCUGAGUAUUUUGUUGGCCUUUCAACACUAUUUAACAAUGAUUGGAGCAAUUGUGUCUAUUCCGUUCAUCUUGACGCCCGCCCUAUGCAUGUCGGAUGAAGAUGCCAAUCGUGGCAUAAUCAUAUCAACAAUGAUAUUUGUCACUGGCAUAGUGACCUAUUUUCAAGCCACAUGGGGUGUCCGUUUGCCCAUUGUGCAGGGUGGAACUAUUUCGUUUUUGGUGCCCACAUUGGCCAUUCUCGCCUUGCCACAGUGGAAAUGUCCAGCCCAGUCGAUAAUUGAUGAAAUGAGUCCCGAGGAGAGAGAGGAAUUGUGGCAAGUCCGUAUGCGAGAGUUGUCUGGAGCUAUUGCCGUGUCGGCCAUGGUGCAGGUUAUAAUGGGUUACACUGGACUAGUGGGCAAGAUACUGAAAUAUGUAACACCCUUGACUAUAGUGCCAACGGUCUCACUAGUGGGAUUAACUCUUUUCGAGCAUGCAGCGGGAACUGCCUCCAAACACUGGGGCAUUGCUGUGGGGACAACUGCCAUGCUGACGCUUUUCUCGCAAAUCAUGUCCAAUGUGUCUGUUCCCAUAUUCGCGUAUCGCAAAGGACACGGCCUAGAGGUGCGGCAAUUUCAGUUGUUUCGCCUAUUUCCUGUUCUGUUGACCAUCAUGAUUAUGUGGGGUUUGUGCGGCAUAUUGACAGCCACCGAUGUCUUUCCACCCUCGCAUCCAUCGCGAACGGAUGUACGCCUCAAUGUGUUGACAAGCGCCAAAUGGUUCUAUGUGCCGUAUCCGGGACAGUUCGGUUGGCCUUCGGUCACUUUGUCGGGCGUUCUGGGCAUGCUGGCCGGUGUAUUGGCCUGUACAGUGGAAUCUCUUAGCUAUUAUCCGACUGUUUCGCAAAUGGCAGGCGCCCAUUCGCCACCACUUCAUGCCAUCAACCGAGGCAUCGGCACCGAGGGAUUGGGCACUGUGCUGGCUGGUCUCUGGGGAGCUGGCAAUGGCACAAAUACAUUUGGCGAGAAUGUGGGUGCCAUAGGUGUCACCAAGAUUGGCUCGCGACGCGUCAUCCAAUGGGCUGCAUUGAUAAUGGUCCUGCAAGGGGUAAUUGGUAAAUUUGGAGCCAUUUUCAUACUCAUUCCCGAUUCGGUGGUGGGAGGAAUCUUUUGUGUGAUGUUCGGCAUGAUUAUUGCCUUUGGUCUUUCCACGCUGCAGUAUGUGGACUUGCGUUCGGCCAGGAAUCUCUACAUUCUCGGCCUCUCCAUAUUCUUUCCCAUGGUCUUGUGUCGCUGGAUGCAAGAACAUCCGGGCGCCAUUCAGACGGGCAAUGAAACGGUUGAUUCCACAUUGUCAGUGCUGUUGGGUACAACCAUAUUGGUGGGCGGCCUAUUGGGAUGUCUGCUGGACAACAUUAUUCCAGGAACGCCUGCGGAGCGUGGCCUCAUCGAAUGGGCAAAUGAAAUGCCACUUGGCGAUGAUAAUAUCAACGAUGGCACCGCCACGGACUACGAUUUUCCAUAUGGCAUGAAUGCCCUACGCAAAUGGAAAUGGACUUAUUACAUACCAUUUUUGCCCACAUAUAAAUUGCAAAAACAGAGCUGACCUGUUUACAUUACAUCAAUAUAUAUAUAGAGUUGAUUCCACACACAAUCAAUCGAAUGUACAAUAUUUUUGGUUUUGUAUUUAUUUCAUAAAACCAUUUCUUUUAUUAUUA